AGCGUCAAUUCAAGCUUUGUUAAAUAUUAGUUAUGGCAGAGGUGGAGAUCAAUUAGCAUGAACUUAACUUUCCAGGAUAGAACAAGGACGAAGGGGAAGGGCUACUGCUGACAGUUAUCUUCCACAAUAAACGGUUCCUUUAUAACAGCUGGGUGUAACUGAACAAAUUCUUUCUACCAAUCUACAGCCUCUGAUCACACCAUAAUCCUUAGGCUCCAAAUAAUUCAAAGACAAAAGGCAAUCAGUAUAUCCAAAAUAGUAGAAAUGGUUUCUGAAAAGGAAGGAAAGAAACAUAUUAAUGGAAAUGUUAAUGAUGAGAAUAUUGUGUUUGAAGAUGCUUCUCGAAGCCAAAAGAAAAAGAAAAAAACCAAGGAAAAAAUUAAUAUGGUCAGCCUAUUUGCAGUGUUUCGUUACUCCGAUUCCCUGGAUAAAUUAUUAAUGAUAAUGGGUGCUAUUUUUGCAGCCCUUCAUGGGGCUUCCCUUCCAGUUAUGAUGAUUGUUUUUGGAGAUAUGACAAAUACCUUUGUUGGAUCUGGAACUCUUCCUCUAGAUAGUGCAUCUAAUCAUGAAAAUAAUGAUAUAAAGAACCAACUUAUUGAUGAUCUAGAAGAACAAAUGACAAGGUAUGCAUACUGGUAUUCAGCCAUAGGAGCUGGAGUUCUUGUCUCUUCCUAUGCAUACGUUGCAUGUUGGACACUUGCAGCUGGCCGCCAGAUCAAAAGAAUUAGGCAACAAUUUUUCCAUGCCAUUAUGAGGCAAGAAGUAAGAUGGUUUGAUGUAAAUGAUGCUGGAGAACUAAAUACACGACUUAUAGAUGAUGUAUCCAAAAUCAAUGAAGGAAUUGGUGAAAAAAUUGGAAUGCUGAUUCAGGGAAUAUCAACAUUUCUAGCAGGAUUUAUAAUCGGAUUCAUCAAAGGAUGGAAAUUGACUCUUGUAAUCCUUGCUAUCAGUCCUGUUCUAGGAAUUUGUGCUGCAGUUUGGACAAAGAUCCUUUCUUCAUUCACUAAUCGGGAACUUGCUGCAUAUGCAAAAGCUGGGUCAGUUGCUGAGGAGGUCCUAGGCUCUAUCAGAACAGUGAUAGCUUUUGGAGGACAAAAGAAAGAAAUAGAAAGAUAUCAUAAAAAUUUAGAAGAUGCUAAAAACAUUGGGAUAAGGAAGACUAUGAGUACCAGCAUUUCGCUUGGAGUUGCUUUCUUAAUAAUAUAUGCUUCCUAUGCAUUGGCUUUCUGGUAUGGAACUACAUUGAUAUUAGAUGAAAAAUACACUAUUGGAGGAGUCCUUACAGUCUUCUUUGCUGUGCUCAUUGGAGCAUUCAGUAUUGGCCAAGUCUCUCCAAACCUAGAAGCAUUUGCUACUGCCAGGGGAGCUGCAUAUGCAAUAUUCAAUAUAAUAGACAAUGUAUUAAAAGGCCUGAAUCUGCAGAUCAAUAAUGGACAAACAAUAGCCCUGGUGGGCAGCAGUGGUUGUGGAAAAAGUACAACGGUCCAACUGAUACAAAGGUUUUACGAUCCCUUGGAAGGCAUGAUUACCAUUGAUGGACAAAAUAUUAAGACCCUGAAUUUAAGGUAUCUGAGGGAAAUUAUUGGUGUUGUGAACCAGGAACCUGUACUAUUUGCCACAACAAUUGCAGAAAACAUUAGACAUGGCAGUGAAAAUGUCACCAUGGAAGAGAUGGAAAAAGCUGCCAAAGAAGCCAAUGCUUAUGAGUUCAUCAUGAAUUUACCUGAUAAGUUUGAAACUGUGGUUGGUGAAAGAGGAGCACAGCUAAGUGGAGGACAGAAGCAACGGAUAGCGAUUGCCCGGGCUCUUGUGCGCAACCCAAAAAUUUUGUUACUGGAUGAAGCUACGUCCGCUUUGGAUACAGAAAGUGAAGCCAUCGUACAGGCAGCUUUGGAUAAGGCAAGAGAAGGCCGCACAACGGUUAUAGUAGCUCAUCGUUUAUCUACAGUCCGAAAUGCAGAUCUUAUAGUUGCUUUUGAAGAUGGGGUCAUUAGUGAGCAAGGAACCCAUUAUGAGCUUAUGAAAAAGAAAGGAGUUUAUUUCAAACUUGUCAAUAUGCAGGCAGUUUCCACUGAAGUUGAAUCAGAAGAGACAGCAGAAGAAGAAUUCCAGCUGAAAAAUAACCCAGAAGAGAUAAGCAAAGAUGCUUUUUCAAACAAGCUGAGGAGACGUUCUACUCGCAGAAGUAUUAAAAAUCCAGAAAUGGAGGAAAAAGACCUUGAGGUCCAGACAGUUCAGCCUGAUAAAAAUAUUCCCAAGGUUUCAUUUCUUAAGAUUAUGAAGUUAAAUGCAUCAGAAUGGCCUUACUUUUUAGUGGGAACGUUUUCUGCUCUGGUCAAUGGAGCACUGCAGCCUGCAUUUUCAGUAAUAUUCUCAGAAAUCAUAGGUAUUUUUGCAAUACAAGACCCCAAAAUUGUGCGUGAAAAGAGCAAUCUCUAUUCACUGCUGUUCUUAGGAAUUGGCAUUGUUUCCUUCAUCACCUUUUUUCUUCAGGGCUUCAGUUUUGGCAGAGCUGGAGAGAUUCUUACAAUGAAGCUACGUUACAUGGGAUUCAAAGCAAUGCUUAGACAGGAUAUCAGUUGGUUUGAUAAUCCCAAAAACAGUACUGGAAUUCUAACUACAAGACUUGCAAAUGAUGCUUCUGAAGUAAAAGGUGCCACAGGGGAAAGGUUAGGUAUGAUUGCUCAGAACAUUGCUAAUCUUGGGACUGGAAUUAUUAUAUCAUUGGUGUAUGGCUGGCAGUUGACCCUUUUACUUCUGGCUCUUGUGCCAAUCAUUGCAGUAGCAGGGCUCAUUGAAAUCAGAAUGUUAUCUGGACAUGCUAAGAAAGAUAAGAAGGAACUUCAAGGUGCAGGGAAGAUUGCAACAGAAGCUAUUGGAAAUAUUCGAACUAUAGUUUCCCUCACUCGAGAAAGAAAAUUUGAACAAAUGUAUGGAGAAAAUUUAAAAGGACCUUACAGAAAUUCUAUAAAGAAAGCACAUCUUCACGGACUAACUUUUGGCAUUUCCCAAGCAAUGUUGUACUUCUCCUAUGCAGGCUGUUUUCGUUUUGGUGCCUAUCUUAUUGCGAAUCGAUAUAUGGAUUUUAAGACUGUAUUCUUAGUAUUUUCCUGCAUUGUAUUUGGUGCCAUGUCUGUAGGGCAGACAUUUUCAUUCACACCAGAUUAUGCUAAAGCCAAGAUAUCUGCUGCUCAAUUGUUCAUGUUAUUUGAAAGAGUCCCAUCAAUAGAUAAUUACAGUGAGGAAGGAAAGAAGCCUGAAACAGUUAAUAGCAAUAUAGCAUUUAAAGAAGUGGUUUUCAACUAUCCAACCCGGCCAGAUGUUCCAGUGCUUCAAGGUCUGAAUAUUGCAAUAGAGAAGGGGCAAACCCUGGCGCUUGUGGGAAGCAGUGGCUGUGGGAAAAGCACAUUAGUCCAGUUGCUUGAAAGAUUCUAUGAUCCUCUCAGUGGAGAAGUGCUUUUGGAUGGUGAAAAUGAAAAGCAGUUAAAUAUUCAGUGGUUGCGGUCUCAAAUUGGAAUUGUUUCUCAAGAACCGGUCCUGUUUGGUUGCAGUAUUGCAGAAAAUAUUGCCUAUGGUGAUAACAGUAGGGAGGUACCAUUUGAUGAGAUAUGUGAAGUAGCUAAAGCAGCCAAUAUACACUCCUUCAUUGAAUCUUUACCAGAUAAAUACAAUACUGCUGUUGGUGACAAAGGAACUCAACUCUCUGGGGGCCAAAAGCAGCGCAUCGCUAUUGCCCGUGCUCUCAUCCGCCAGCCAAAAAUUCUGCUGUUGGAUGAAGCAACUUCUGCCCUUGACACAGAAAGUGAAAAGGUUGUUCAGGAGGCCCUGGAAAAAGCCAGACAAGGUCGUACCUGCAUUAUAAUAGCUCAUCGCUUAUCAACAGUGCAGAAUGCUGACAGUAUAGCUGUUAUCCAGGAUGGGAAAAUCAUGGAACAAGGAACACAUCAGCAGCUACUAGCUCAAAAAGGAAUUUAUUAUUCACUAGUCAAUGUACAUGCAGGAACAGCUCAUGUAUAAAUAAGAAAAUGAACAUUACUUGAAUUAAUUUGAUGGAUGGAUUAUGUGGCAUUAAGUUGGGAUUGACUCUUAACGACUGUACAGAUAGAUUUUCACCAGGAUGAUCUGUCCCCAGUUUGGUCUUUCAGGUUUUUCAUAGGUGCAUUGUUUGCUACAGUAAUUGAAAACAUCUGUCUUGCUGCUGGUUGCCUUUGUCAGGUUCUUAAAGACCAAGAAGGAUACAUGGAAUUACUUUUGAGUAGUUUCUUUUAUUGUUCCUCAUCUAUAGGCAGAAAUCUUGCCAAAGUAAAGCAAAUAUUUACAUCACCAUAGAUAUACUCUGGGAAUUGCUGGGGAGGAACUGUUUUAACUCUUCCUCCUGAUCAGACUUCCCAUGCUUUGCUGACUCUUUGCCUUCUGGAAUGCAGCCCCUCCUUCCUGGGAAUCCAGAUUACAUUCCACCACAGUCCUUCUUUACUUCUACCUUUUCCGGCAUUAUAGACUUUUUCAUAGAACUAGGUCUUCAUAUAAUGUACCCAAACCUGAUCAUUUGUUUGUGCCUUGAGAAAGAACUCUAUUGAUUUCUUUCACAAUCCAAUUCUUUUCUAUUCAUGAUAUUCUCAGGAAUUUUCUCCAACACCAAAGUUCAAAAACAUCAAAAUUCUUUUUAUCUUCUUCUUCAAAGUCCAACGUUCACAUCCAUAGAGUGUUAUAGAGAAAAUAUGGUCUGCACAUUUCUGAUUGUUUCAUUGUUAUUCUAGCAAAUGCUAGUCUAAAUAGUAUUUCUUGGCUGUUGGUUCUUUUAUAGUUGAGAAACAAUCCUAAAAGUGAGACGUUGUCACCCCUUUACUAUUUUUCCUGCAAUAUGCAGUAUAUUCCACAAAUCAGUUCAAUAAAUAAGGGAAGGAUACACAAUUUUUACUCACUCACUCCUUUGCCAACCUGGAGCCAGUCUGUUUCAUCAUGUUAUCUCCAGACUGUGGGUUCCCAACCAAUAUUUGCAGCAACUAACAAGUACAGAAGAUGCUAUUCACAUUCUUAUAUUAAGCAAGAUGGGCCAAUUUUUAAGAAGAAUCACCAACAUUAAACAUCUGUUUUGAGUCAGGUUCUGCAUUCCAGCUCUCUUUGCUUAUUAGUUUCAGCUGGCUAAACUGAGCACUUUGUAUCUUGACAGCUGUCAAGUUGUCUUGUAUGAUGACUUCAAGAAUUUUAUCACCAUCAUUUUCCCUAUGAAGUGACCAUACAAUGCAAAAUGACAUACUUCAGGUUUUAAAUAUACAUCUAGAGCUUGAAAACUAACACUUGUAUUUUGGAGGAGGUAAAGAGAUAUGACAGACAAGCUUUAAAAACAAUUAUUGUUUCCAGUGAAAAGAAAGAGUUGUUAAUAUCUGCCGAAUGUCAUUAAAUAAAGUUUCAAUAACCA